GUGAGUUGUCAAUAAAAGGUGAUGUUUAUAGCUAUGGCAUCCUUGUGCUUGAGAUGAUUACGGUGAAAAGGCCGACUAAUGAAUGUUCAAAGAAGGUUUCAACCUUCACAACUUUGUUGUGGCAGCUUUGCCUGGACGAGUGAUUGAGAUUAUGAUCUCAUUCUUAUUGAAGAGCGAGUCAAACAAGGAAAUGACAGGCAUUUUCAAUUCUGGAAUUCAAUAUUUGAAAUAGGAGUCACUUGUUCUGCUGAAUCCCCGAGUGAGCGGAUGGACAUGAGUGAUGCUGUUACCAAGCUUUGUUCCAUUAGAGACAAGCUUCAUCCAACUCGAUUACAUCGUGAGGGCCAAACUUUAUAUGCUGCUCAAUCAGCAGGUGUCUGAAGAGCCAUAUCAAUGGACUUGGGAGGCUUUAGUGCGGCAAAGUACUGCUCGUCCUUUAUUUCACAUUGUAUCUGGUAUUUCCAGAAGUAAAACUUUUCCAACAAGAACUCGAAAUGGAGAAGAGAAAAAUAAAGAGCAAGUUUGUCCACCUAUUGUUGGUGUAUGUAAUUUGUAUGAAUUUCCUUUUCUUGUGGAUUACCAUCAAAUCAGAAUUCAGCAUAAUGCAAAUAAACUGUUCUGCAACACCUUUUUCCGCAAGUUAAUAUAAAUUUUUUUUUUUAUUUUUAAAAAAAGACAAUUAAAUCAAUCCAUUUAGUUGAAAAAAUAAGGUAAGUAACAUUUCCCCUUGAUAAACUAGUUAGAUAAAGUGACACCAAUAUUAAUACUACCUAGCUUACAAAUAUUGAUGCUGGAAAUUCAACAUUGUCUAUGUGCAUGUUGAGAUAGAACCAUAACCGUUUCCUUGUUCUGAAUAUCACCACUGCAUCAAUGUUUAAUUCUUCAUACCACCAUUACCUUUGUCCUUUCAUUCUUCGUGUCGUAAAUUAUUGGACAGAUCAAUGAAAAAAGCUUCAUAAGGAAUUUCCAUAAGAGGAAAAUUUUAAUCUUGAAAGAUAUAGGACACUCUCGCGCCAUAAAUCAUGUCUCAGAGAACACACUUACGGAAAACUAAAGGCAUAUUUGAAGGCAUAAGUAAAGAUGUUGAAAAGCAUAAAACCAGCUCAAAGCCUCAAAGUUUAAGUAAAGAUGAUGAAAAGCAUAAUAUCAAUAUUUCCGCAUACAACUUUAGCACCUA